AUGGUACUCGAGGACAAUGAGUGUGACUCUGUCUUUGUGCCCCAAAUUAUUGAGGAGCAUGUGGAGACUCACUAUGGUAACGUCCACUGCAUCAUGACGGGAACUCCGAGGGCAAACCUCCCUGUCGUCCUGACAUUUCAUGAUGUUGGACUGAACCACAAGUCCUGUUUUGAUACACUUUUCAACCACGAAGACAUGCAGGAAAUCAUCAGACAUUUGCCUGUUUGUCACGUUGAAGCACCAGGACAACACGAGGGAGCCAAAACUCUGCAUACUGACUAUUCCUACCCUUCCAUGGACCAGCUGUCUGAAGCUCUACCCGCUGUCGUCAAACACUUUGGGUUGUGUAGGGUGAUUGGAUUGGGAGUUGGAGCUGGCGCUUACAUCCUUGCUAAAUUUGCUCUGAAUCACCCAGAUAUGGUGGAUGGAUUGGUUUUGAUCAACAUCAACCCCAGUGCUGAAGGACUAAUAGAUUCUGUUGCGAGCAAGAUCACAGGAUGGGCCCACACUCUCCCGGACACAGUCAUCGCACACAUGUUUGGAAAGGCUGAGAUUGAGACCAACCAUGACCUCAUAGCUACAUACCGUCACCACAUCACAACAACGAUGAACGAGGCCAAUGUGAGUCAGUUCUUCCGCUCCUACAACAACCGCAACGCUCUGGAGGUGGAGAGGCCUGUUCCUGGAGGAAACAUCAAUGCCAGGACACUCAAGUGCGCCACUCUGCUGGUUGUAGGAGAUAAUUCUCCAGCUGUGGAGGCCGUGGUCGACUGCAACUCUAAACUCGACCCCACCAAGACCACACUGCUCAAGAUGGCAGACUGUGGAGGACUUCCUCAGGUGGAUCAGCCAGCCAAAGUGAUUGAAGCUUUGAAAUAUUUCAUCCAGGGCAUGGGAUACUUGUCCAGUGCCAGCAUGACCAGACUUCGUUCACGGACGACCUCCAGCUCCAGCAUCUCCUCCUAUGAUGGAGCUCGGAGCCGCGCUCACACGAACGAGCAGCCGCGUAUCCGAUCACAAUCACGCGGAACCGAGGAGAAGCGUGGGCGCUCGCAGACUGACGUGUCCAUGGAUUUGACUUCCAACAGUAACCAAAUCACGUCGUAG